UUGCUAGCGUCAGCCUUACAAUUGAACCAAUCACCGACGAAGGGGCGUUGACUAAGGCUAUCGAACUUCGGCUUGACUGCAGAAGAAGAAGAAGAAAAUGAUGUCGUGUGCACGAACAUCCGACAAAAACCGUUACCGAAGACCAAAACCGUCACAAAAUGUCGUCAUAAUAUAUGCCGUACCGAACUGUUUUGGAUGCGAAGCAUGCCGUUAUUAGACGGGAGAGUGACACACACACAUAUAUAUAUUGUUGCCUGAACUGAGAGACCCGAAUUAGCUAUUGUGCUAAACCGAGUCGCUGCUAACUAGCUAGCUUGUUAUCGUGUGUUUUAGUCAGACAUUUAGCUAGCAUUAGCUAAGGUUUACAGAGUACCUACCACCUGAAUACCCUUUCUCAGGUUGCAAGCACUUCCUAGCUAGUUAGCCAUGUUGACUUGUAGCGAACAUUAACUACAUCGAUUUAAGUCAACAGUAACUAGCUAAAAUCACACAGGCUACAAGUUAUCUGCUAACGCGUUAGCUAGCUAAGGUUUAUUUCGGUUCGGGCUCACUAGGCAGGGGUCUGUCCUGUUUGCCCUCCGAUUUGGGUUUUGCUUUCAUCUGUCAAACUGAGGAUUCACAAACCCGGUGGCUGUCGUAGGUGUGACGUCAUCGCCCGGUGCUCUUCAUCGAGGAGCCGGGAUCUGAUUGGUCCGAUUGGGUUGCGGUUGGCGGGCUGGCUCCUCCCCCUCCCGGCGGCAGCGUGCGUUCCCAGCUGCCUCCCUGCACCCCACGCUCGCCCGGCCUGCUCGCCCAUGCCCCCGCCACCCCCACCAGGCCCUCCAACGCCAUGUGCCUUCCCCACACCAUGGAAGCAGCAAUGGGGAAGCACGGAGCGAGUCAGGCAGGGUUAGGCCUCGGGGGGCUGGGCCAGGGGGGACGGCGGUGUGGAGGGGUACCACUAGAGCCCUUCGUACACCAGGUGGGAGGGCACACCAGUAUGAUGCGUUACGACGACCACACGGUGUGUAAACCCCUCAUCAGCCGCGAGCAACGGUUCUACGAGUCGCUGCCUCCUGAGAUGAAGGAGUUUACAGCAGAGUACAAAGGCAUGGUGUUGGUAUGUUUUGAGGGGGAUAUUGACGGAUACAUCAACUUGGUGGCGUACCCCUAUGUGGAGAGCGAGAUCCUGGACCACGAGGACCUACCGGAGAGGGACCAACCCCGGAGGAAACACUCCCGGCGCAGCCUCCUCCGCUCCACCUCCGAGAUCAAGGAGGAGAGGCUACCACACGAGAGCGACAGCACUGAGAAUCUCCAGGAGCUGAAGAGUCCUCGUCUAGAGCUCCAGAUCUACAGUGAUAUUCCCUUCCAGAUGCUGGAUAACAACAGCGGCCUGGGCUCAGAGAAGAUCAGCCACAACCCCUGGAGCCUCCGCUGUCACAGGCAGCAGCUCAGCCGCAUGAGAUCGGAGUCCAAGGACAGGAAGCUCUACAAGUUUCUGCUCCUGGAGAACGUGGUUCACCUCUUCAGCUACCCGUGCAUCCUGGACCUGAAGAUGGGCACGCGGCAGCAUGGGGACGAUGCCUCGGAGGAGAAAGCAGCCAGGCAGAUGCAGAAGUGCGAGCAGAGCACCUCCGCCACCCUGGGGGUUCGUGUCUGUGGGAUGCAGGUGUACCAGAUGGAUACGGGCCACUAUCUGUGCAGGAACAAGUACUACGGCCGCAGCCUGUCCAUUGAGGGCUUCCGCCACGCCCUCCACCAAUACCUGCACAACGGGGCGUCGCUAAGGAAGGACCUGUUUGAGCCCAUGCUGUGUAAGUUACGCAGCCUGAAGGCCAUUCUGGAGAGACAGACCACCUACCGCUUCUACUCAUCCUCCCUGCUAAUCAUCUAUGAGGGGAAGGAGCCUGAGCUGGCCUACGUCUGGCAGAAAGCACCACAGGAGACCUGGCAGCAGAAAGCAGCAUCACCACCACAGGCCCCAGCAGAGCCCUUGGAAAACCAAAAAACACCAGCACCACAACCAGCAGCUGAGCUGCCCUCAGAGAAGGGGGUGGCAGUCAACCCAGGGCUAGGAAUCCAAAGUGUCCAAGGACCAGGGAUAGGAGUGGGGCUCCAAGGUGGAGUCCACCAAGGUAUCCAAGAACCAGGGAUAGGAGUGGGGCUCCAAGGUGUCCAAGGACCAGGGUCAGGAGUGGGGCUCCAAGGUGUCCAAGGACCAGGGUCAGGAGUGGGGCUCCAAGGACCGGGGAUAGGAGUGGGGCUCCAAGGUGUCCAAGGACCAGGGUCAGGAGUGGGGCUCCAAGGUGUCCAAGGACCAGGGUCAGGAGUGGGGCUCCAAGGACCGGGGAUAGGAGUGGGGCUCCAAGGUGUCCAAGGACCAGGGUCAGGAGUGGGGCUCCAAGGACCGGGGAUAGGAGUGGGGCUACAAGGUGUCCAAGGACCGGGCUUAGGACUGGGGCUCCAAGGUGUCCAGGGACCAGGGUCAGGAGUGGGGCUCCAAGGACCAGGGUCAGGAGUGGGGCUCCAAGGUGUCCAAGGACCGGGCUUAGAACUGGGGCUCCAAGGUGUCCAAGGACCAGGCUUAGGAGUGGGGCUCCAAGGUGUCCAAGGACCAGGGUCAGGAGUGGGGCUCCAAGGACCAGGGUCAGGAGUGGGGCUCCAAGGACCAGGGUCAGGAGUGGGGCUCCAAGGACCAGGGUCAGGAGUGGGGCUCCAAGGACCAGGGUCAGGAGUGGGGCUCCAAGGACCAGGGUCAGGAGUGGGGCUCCAAGGACCAGGGUCAGGAGUGGGGCUCCAAGGUGUCCAAGGACCAGGCUUAGGACUGGGGCUCCAAGGUGUCCAAGGACCAGGCUUAGGACUGGGGCUCCAAGGUGUCCAAGGACCAGGCUUAGGAGUGGGGCUCCAAGGUGUCCAAGGACCAGGCUUAGGACUGGGGCUCCAAGGUGUCCAAGGACCAGGGUCAGGAGUGGGGCUCCAAGGCGGAGUCUACCAAGGGGCCCAUGGACUGACAGAAGCCCCUCUCCAGCUGCCCCAGGCAAUACCACCUCCACCAGACUACCCCCCCACGCACGUCCCAACCCCUCCACAGCCGCUCCACCAGGAGCCUCUCCAGCCCCUUCCACCCCAGCCCUCAGACCCCCACACGCCCCCUCCACCACUACCACUCCCCUCCAGCCCGAGCAUCAGUGUGGACGUCCGCAUGAUAGACUUUGCCCACAGCACCUUCAAAGGUUUCCGCGACGACCAGACGGUGCACGACGGGCCGGAUCGGGGCUACGUGUUUGGAUUAGAGAGCCUCAUCAAGAUCCUAGAGGGCCUCCGAGAGGAGAACCUGUAGUAGCCGAACCUGGGACUGACUAAUUGGUCUUGUCUCAAAUGGAUGGUACCCCCUAUUCACUAUGUAGUACACUACUUUUGAACAGGGCCCAUAGGGUGUUAACACGUCUUCUUUCUCUUUAAUUAUUAUUAUUAUUAUUUCUUUUUUUAAUAAAACCCAGGGUGCAUCCAAAAAAGGGAAGCCUUACUCCUAUAAGGAUCUGAUCAAAAGUAGUGUACUAUGUAGGGAAUAGGGUGCCAUUUGGGAUGUACCGAUGAUGGUGGUUCAGGAGAAGACUAACACAUCUUCAGAUGUCCUCCUCUCCCUCAGUGCUACUACCCGCUACCCUGUCCUCAAUGACUCUGUUUUGGAGCAAGAAAAGCACAUUAUCUGUAAUAAGAAACCUGAUGGAGCAGUGAUCUGUUAUGAGGAUCUGAUGGAACAAUGAUCUGUAAUAAGAAACCUGAUGGAGCAGUAAUCUGUAAUAAGAAGGACUCGAUGGAGCAAUGAUCUGUAACAAGGAGGGCCUGAUGGAGCAAUGAUCUGUAACGAGGACCUGAUGGAGCAAUGAUCUGUAAUGAGGACCUGGUGGAGCAGUGGUCUGUAAUAAGGACAUGAUGAAGCAAUGAUCUGUAAUGAGGACCUGGUGGAGCAGUGAUCUGUAAUAAGGACAUGAUGGAGCAAUGAUCUGUAAUGAGGACCUGAUGGAACAGUGAUCUGUAAUAAGGACCUGAUGGAGCAAUUAUCUGUAAUGAGAAGGAUCUGGUGGAGCAAUGAUCUGUAAUAAUAAGGACCUGAUGGAGCAGUGAUCUGUAAUGGGGACAAAAUGGAGCAAUGGUCUGUAAUGAGGAUCUGAUGGAGCAGUAGUCUGUAAUGAGGACCUGAUGGAGCAGUAAUCUGUAACAAGGAUGACUUGAUGGAGAAAUUAUCUGUGAUGAGGACCUGGUGGAGCAGUGAUCUGUAAUGAGGACCUGAUGGAACAGUGAUCUGUAAUAAGAAGGACCUGAUCGAGCAAUAAUCUGAAAUUAGGACCUGAUGGAGCAAUGGUCUGUGAUUAGGACCUGAUGGAGCAAUUAUGUGUAAUAAGGACGUGAUGGAGCAAUGAUCUGUAAUGAUGACCUGGUGGAGCAAUUAUCUGUAAUGAGGACCUGGUGGAGCAAUGAUCUGUAAUGAGAAGGAUCUGAUGGAGCAAUGAUCUGUAAUGAGAAGGAUCUGGUGGAGCAAUUAUCUGUAAUAAGGACCUGAUGGAGCAAUGAUCUGUAUUAAGGACCUGGUGGAGCAAUGAUCUGUAAUGAGGACCUGGUGGAGCAAUGAUCUGUAAUGGUAAGGAUCUGAUGGAGCAAUUAUCUGUAAUACGGACCUGAUGGAGCAAUGAUCUGUAGUAAGGACCUGGUUGGAGCAGUGAUCUGUAAUGAGGACAUGGUGGAGCAGUGAUCUGUAGUAAGAAGGACCUGAUGGAGCAGUGAUCUGUAGUAAGGAGGACCUGAUGGAGCAGUGAUCUGUAGUAAGAAGGACCUGAUGGAGCAGUGAUCUGUAGUAAGGAGGACCUGAUGGAGCAGUGAUGGAAUGGAUGCAAGGCCCGGGUAUGUCUAUGCUACUGUCUGACAGUAAAGGUGAAAGGCCGUGACCUUAGACUGUAAAUGUCACUCCUUUCUGACUGUUGUGCUCCUAGAAUUAGAGACACAAACUUAAAGGGAGCGUCUACAGCCGUGUGUGUAUCGUAUCAAUCCUCCUGGACAGAAAUGGCUGCCAUUCCUCUGAGGGAAACAUAAAAAGGGCAAUGUCUGCCUUGUGGGUUUUGUCGCCACUGAGUGGCCAACUGAAGUAUUGCAUUGAAGAAAAGGCACAAGAUGGAUUUGGUUUUGAAGGUAGUGAAGACACUGCUCAGGGCAAGUCCAGGUCCUGUUUCGGGCCCAAAUGGCAUCCUAUUCCAAUUUUCUCUUGCACUACUUUUGAUCUGGGCCCACAGGGAAACCCAUAGGGCUCUGGUCAAAAGUAGUGCACUACAAAGUGGAUGGGUGCCAUUUGGGAUAUAGCCCCUGUCUCUGCUGUGGGACUGGUACAGAGACUGUCUCUGCUGUGGGACUGGUACAGAGACUGUCUCUGCUGUGGGACUGGUACAGAGACUGAAUUGUGUAUACGUCAAUAUGUGUUAAGGGACAGUGCGGGGGGGGGGGGGUCUUGGGGAAGGGAAGUCUCCAUACAGCUGUAGUCCCUAGUCUCCGUACAGCUGUAGUCCCUAGUCUCCGUACAGCUGUAGUCCCAAGUCUCCGUACAGCUGUAGUCCCAAGUCUCCGUACAGCUGUAGUCCCAAGUCUCCGUACAGCUGUAGUCCCUAGUCUCCGUACAGCUGUAGUCCCUAGUCUCCGUACAGCUGUAGUCCCUAGUCUCCGUACAGCUGUAGUCCCUAGUCUCCGUACAGCUGUAGUCCCUAGUCUCCGUACAGCUGUAGUCCCUAGUCUCCGUACAGCUGUAGUCCCUAGUCUCCGUACAGCUGUAGUCCCUAGUCUCCGUACAGCUGUAGUCCCUAGUCUCCGUACAGCUGUAGUCCCUAGUCUCCGUACAGCUGUAGUCCCUAGUCUCCGUACAGCUGUAGUCCCUAGUCUCCGUACAGCUGUAGUCCCUAGUCUCCGUACAGCUGUAGUCCCUAGUCUCCGUACAGCUGUAGUCCUAUCAGGGGUUUAAUAGAUGAGCAACUUUGCUUACAGGCUGAUGUUUGUCAUGAAAGCGUUACUGUAAAGAAAGCAAGGGUUAAUAAAUGAUUUUCCCUCUUUAGAUUUUCCCUCCUUGAUAAAGAGGUUGAAAAAUAAAUAAAACCCAGGGUACCUCUGAAAUUUGCACCCUAUUCCCUAAUGUAGUGCACUACUUUUAAGGCUCCAGAGCCCUAUGGGUUAUGUAUCCCUGGUCAAAGCCAGUGCAUUUACAUAGGGACUAGGCCCCAGCCUUCAGGCUUCAAUUGAAAUACAGCACAGCUCUGUGUCUCCCAAAAUGGUUAUCUAAUUUAUUCACAGGUCACAGUUUUAUUAUUAUGUUGCUUUCUAUGGUUAGUAUCUUGCUUAUUCUGUUCUAAAUAGAGCCACCCGACCGUUUCUUUUAAAGGUAUCCAACUCAUUUUCGAACGUUGCCAUGGGCACAGCCAAACAACAGAAGUGAUUCAUUCGACUUCCACUUUAUUUCCCUACUGCUGUGCGCCAGUGGCAAACUUGCCAGAGUAAUUUAUUUGAGUCAAAGAGAAUAAAAGUCAAGAAAACAAGUGUAAGUGUAAUGUUAUAUUAUUGAAUUUGAGUUUGCUAACGUUAGCUAGACCUACCGGUAGGCUAGUUCUGUUGUGAUAAUGACGUUAGCUUGACCUACCGGUAGGCUAGUUCUGUUGUGAUAAUGACGUUAGCUUGACCUACCGGUAGGCUAGUUCUGUUGUGAUAAUGACGUUAGCUUGACCUACCGGUAGGCGAGUUCUGUUGUGAUAAUAACGUUAGCUUGACCUACCGGUAGGCGAGUUCUGUUGUGAUAAUGACGUUAGCUUGACCUACCGGUGGGUUAGUUCUGUUGUGAUAAUGACGUUAGCUUGACCUACCGGUAGCAUAGUUCUGUUGUGUUAAUAACGUUAGCUCGAUCUACCGGUAGGCUAGUUCUGUUGUGAUAAUGGCGUUAGCUUGAUCUGCCGGUAGGCUCGUUCUGUUGUGAUAAUAACGCUAGCUAGACCUGCUGGUAGGCUAGUUCUGUUGUGGCAGAGUUAAGGCCCGGGCCAUCCACCAAGCCAAUAACUAUAAUAAUAAACUAUAGGCUACAUAACUAUAAAACGUUGGUGAGCAUCCACGCUAGAGGGAAGUUUGUUUUAUCGUUUUACAGUCCUACACCUGUCAAUCAACUGAUCGACGUAUCCUACUGCAAGCCGCUAUUAAUAAAGUGGUGACACGACCAUUCAGUGCUUUCAGGGUGUGUUUGUCAUAGUGGGAACCGCAAAUAGUAGACGACUUCAAUGUACAUGUCCGCCUAAUGGAAAAAACUAUGUAGUCACUCGUAUUUAAAUGUAGCAUUUCAACAACAAACGCUGUUUAGCCUGCACAUAUUUUACAGCAUGUCAUUACCUCAUUGCUCAAGUGGUUUCCAUUUCACUGUUCUCAUCUCUGUUUGUCCUGUGCAAGUAUUUGCAAUGCAUCAGGACAUGAAAAUUAUCACGUGGCCAAAACUGAUCCCACCAAUGCCAAGAUCUCUCUUUAACUUUCCUCACCAUCAUUUUAUAUGCCUGUUUUUACAUUCAGCAAUUAGCAAGAUCCAAGGCUAUUUCUUUCCCCAAAUAGAAUAAAAACAGAAGGAAAUAAAUGUCCCGUCGCUUUUGUAGCCUACAGCUUUUCCUGGCAUUUCACGCGUAUUGCGGAGAGGCUUGCGUAGCCUACAGCCUGUUGCACACAGGUACUUCUGGUAGAGAGAGGCUAGUGAAUUGUAGUUGAAGGAAGAACCAACAUGUUAGUGUAACAGUAUCAUUUUAAACCGUCCCCUCGCCCAUACCCAUCCCCUCGCCCGAACCAGGGACCCUCUGCACACAUCAACAACAGUCACCCUGGAAGCGUCGUGACCCAUCGCUCCACAAAAGCCACGGCCCUUGCAGAGCAAGGGGAACUACUACUUCAAGGUCUCAGAGCAAGUGACGUCACCGAUUUAAAACGCUAUUUAGCGCGCACCGCUAACUAAGCUAGCCGUUUCACAUCCGUUACAUUAGCUAGAUAUUAUUAACCUGCCAAAGUGCAAAGAAAAAUAAAUUAACAUGAUGAUGAAACGGUAGAUGUAUAGGUUCCUUCCUCCAGGCUGUGCUCUUGUAACGGAUGUGAAAUGGCUAGCUAGUUAGCGGUGGUGCGCGCUACGCUGUGGUCCCCGACUUGUAAAGCUUCACUAUUGAUCAGUCCUACAUCGUUAGACCAUAACAUUAUUCUACCCUGGGCUACAACAACAACAGUGCAAUGAGGAAUCUAUUAUUGUUAUCUAGUGAGUACACCAUUUUAUUUUUUAUUUAUGUUUUUUGUCCAUAGGUUGUAGUGAUGUAGGCUCGUUUGAAUAACCGCUCACGCUUCCUGCCGAAAUAGCAGCCAAUGUCAUUUUUACGUAACCGUCUGGGUCUUCUUCACAGUUGAGAAGGUCCAGAAAGGUACAUUAACCGGCCACUCGUAUGGUGUUAGACCUAUUUUGUCAGGAUGAAGCCCUGUGUUGAGAUUCUACUAUAGGAAAGUAUGCAGUUUUCACUACACUCCGCCCGUUAAUGCUGUUUUACAUGCAGCAAGCAAGGGUGCAAUCUCUCCUCCAGUAGGCUAUCAGUACGCUAAAGGAAAUACGUGAGCAACAAGCUUUUGUUGUCAGGCUUUUACCCGGGACUCCGAGUGUUUUUUAGAGGAAUCGCCGUGGCAGCGGAGAGGACAGGCGCGUCGUUGCGCCACACAACAAUGAAGACCGAUAAGACUCCAGAUGUAGCCUGGACCCUAAAUUAGAAGCGUAUGCAUAUUAGCCAAUAAUUCAUAAGCUCAGUGUGUAAGGCUUAAUACUGCAGUGAAUAGCCAGUUUCAAGUGAGUGGGGAAAACUAGUUUUGGCUAUGAACUGCACUGAAUAGCCUAUGUCAUUUUGAAUAACAAUUCAAAAGCCUUCCGUUGUUUUUUUUGUUUUUUUUUUAAUGCAUAUUGAUUUGGAAAUAACUGCAUCUAGCCUGUCUGAUUAGGAAACCGUUUGGGGUUUGUUCUCGGACAGUUUAGUCUGAAAGGUCCAGGCACAUUAGCAGAACAGUAAAAGGUAAUAUCAGCUAUCAGGAACAUGGUAAUACAGGGAUUUUACAAAAUAUUUUUUUUUAUUAUGAUAUAAAUUAUGAUCAUGUUGAAGAAGUUGUAUCCAUAGUUUCAUCGUUUGGCUUCCGUGUUUAAAAAGCGUUUGAAAAUGAGGUGGAUAUAAUAUUAGUAUUGUUUAUUUUUUCCUCCCGAUACCAGAGUCUGGUAAUUAGGCCCGUCCCAGUCCAGGUAUACCAUUGGGACACUGUAUAACACAUAUCCUUUAAUUCAGACACAUUGAUGCCCCCCCUCUCUGUUUUACAAACUAAGCCUUUCUCUCAUUUUAUGAUCUUUUUUUAAAUUUGCGCUGUAGAAGGUGUAUUGAAAGCCUGAUUCUUUCUUAUUUUUAUAGUACUCGUUUUCUUUUGAGGGCGGUUAAGUCACGUCAAGGGGCAGACUAGAGACCUGGCUUCAAACAGGUUUCAAAUCAUUUCAAAUACUUUUUAGCAGGGUUUUAAUUGAACAUUAAAUAAAAAACCCAGGGUAUGUCUGAAAUUGCACCCUUUUGCCUUGCAAAAUGUAACCAAUAGAAUAGUCUCAAAACUGCAAAUCCCGCCUAUGACCUGGCCCUCCAGGCAAGCAGGCUAAAGAAAACGCAUUUGAAAGAUUUUUAAUAUUUGAACCCAGGUCUGCUACUCUCUCACCACCGAUACACAGUGAACCCUUGUCCUCCAUCUUAGCACAUGUAGCAGAAUGAUAGCAGAGAGACUCCACUCCUUCACCACUCUCACCCUCUUCCUCUCCUGUGUCCUCCUCCCUCUGUUCCCUAGCCCACUCACCAUAGUCUGUUAGUCUAGUGUCACUCAGUUGGUUAGGAUGUCUCUCUCUGUGUAGAUUGGUUGAACAAUGGUGCACUGUAGCUUUAAGUCACUUUGAUACAUCAUUUUUAGAUGUGGAUUAUUUUUUCUUCUCUGCUCUGGCACGGUUGCAGGUCUUGUCUUUAGUUUAAUAUCUUUGACAGGGUUUCAAAAUUCCCAGGUUUUCCACAUCCCAGUUAGAAGAAUCCCAGACUCAGAGGAUGAAAUAGGCUGGUUCCUGCUUAUCAGCAUUUUUGGGGAAAGUUACCAGGAACACUUUGCUACUCUACUCUGACUACAAAGCACUAGGAUGCUAUAAUAUCGUAUCUUUACGUAUAACUAAUAUUAUCUACUGCUACACAAGUACAUGAACUGACUUGGAUGUGGCCAGAACUGUAAAAAACUCAAUUUCAACACAUGCAAUCCAAUGUUGAAAAACAGACACUGUAGAAUUACUGGUUUUCUAUUGGUUUAGAGUUCUAUCUAUCAACUACAUGCAUGCUGAUUCUAUUCUGAUUCUAGAACCAAUUCUAUGGUGUGUUUUCUAUUUGGCAUUGUGGAGAAAAUGUAUUCUCCCGCAAAAGUCACACUUCUCGUCACAACUGUUAAAAAUGGUUGUUUUCUUAGCCCCAGAGUUCCAAAUUCAUUCUUAUUUAUUCAAGACCUUUUCUUCAAACUAAUUUAUAUGGAAAAAUAUGAUAAUGGGAUUUCAACCUGUGGGGAAGGGUGGCCUCUUUAUCAGUCUACUUGGCAGGGCUUUGUAAUGUGUUAUUGUCCAAAAAUACAUUUUUCAGGUUGAUUAACCCAGAAAAAAAAUGCUUUGGAGGGACAAAGUAGUUUUUAGAUGGAAGGGGAAAAAAACUAUUUCAAAGAUGCCAAAAUAAAUAUAUUUUCAAAGCAGCUUACUAUCGUCCAAAAAAAGGGAAAUAGUUUGUUUGUUUGAACCUUUUUUUAAAAGUGGGCAUUUGUGUUAAUUUAAUAAGUCUACACCGCAGCGAUACAAACCACGAAACGUGUGCUGUGUCAGAGACAAAGUAUCCAAUCGAAAUGGCACCCUAUUCCCGCUAUAUAGUAGUGCACAACUUUUGACCUGAGCCCUAUGGGUCUUCGGUUAAAAGUAUGGCACUAUGAAGGGAAUAGGGUGCCAAUUUGAACUCACCCAAAGAUAAUAAAGGAAUAAUAAUGUAAAAGUAAUACAAGAGGGGAAGAAGAAUCCAUAGGAGUCUAUACAAAGGGAUCUAGGAAGGAGAAGUGUCCUCCUCUGUGGUGGAUGUUAUUUGUCUUUACAUAGAUCUGAAAAAUUACUUGUAGAAGAAACAAUAUAUAUAUUACCCCCAAAAGUAUAUUUUUCCCUUUGUUGUUGUUGCAUGGAUGGAUAUUUUUUUACGAAUUAUAAUAUGACAUCUUUAUGACAACUUUGAAUGUGAGCUAUAAAACCAUUUAUUUAAGAAAUAAAUGUUUCUGUGUUGUC